UAUGUAAAAUUGCAAUCAAACCAGUAUCUGUAUGUUACAUUUUUUGUUUAUUCUUCAUGUCUAUUAGAGAAAGAGCUAGAAGAGAACCCAGCUCAACUGAAGCAAUAUAUGUUAAGCAAGCUCGGAAAGAUACCUGAUAAAGUAAAAGCUGUGGUAGAAAACACCGAAUUGGAUGCUUUUAUAUCCUCUCCAUUGAGAUAUAGGCAUCCUUGGGAGCUUCUUUGGGGAAACAUCAGCAAAGGCAAUGCUUGUGUCGCAGGAGACGCGCUCCACCCCAUGACCCCAGACCUUGGCCAAGGCGGCUGCUGUGCAUUAGAAGACAGCGUUGUAUUGGCAAGGUGUCUUGGUGAGGCCUUGUUGAAGAACUCAGGGGGAGAAAGAAAAGAUAAGGAGGGUGUAGAAGGAAAGGAAGAGUAUGAGAGGAUUGAGAUGGGGUUGAACAAGUAUGCCAAUGAGAGGAGAUGGAGAAGCUUUGAUCUGAUUAGUACAUCUUAUGUGGUUGGUUUCUUACAAGAGAGUAAUGGAAAAUUUAUGAACUUCUUCAGGGACAAAUGUUUAUCUCCAAUCCUGGCUGGUUUGCGGUUGAAGAAGGCAGACUUUGAUUGUGGAAAGCUCAGCAUCUCUUAAAUGAAAUGAUACUUCCUCUGCAUAUAUAAUAGUGAUUUGCAUGUAACCUUAUAUGUCAAUCAUAUAUUAGCGCAAGAACUUUCUUUUGUCAUUUUGUAAUUUGUAUUGAGUUUCUGUAAGGGGACAUUUCUUUUUAAUCUUUAUUAACAACAUUGAGACA